GAAGAAGGCGCGCAAGAGAGAUUAUGAGUGCGAAGAAGUGCAGGUCCUGGUUCAUAGUUCUCCAAAAAAUCUGAGAGGAGAUGCCGUGCCGACUGAUACCGCAACAGAGAAAUGAGCCGGCAAAUCUGAAGACCUUGCUGAGAGACCACGGCCGUGCGUAGGAGGGGAUGCAGGAAUGGAUAAAUACCUGUGUGGUUCUUGUACGCGGCGCUAUUAUUAAUCUAUCGGUCACCGGGAAGAAAUUGAAAUCUAGAAACCAGAAAAAAACUCAAUGGACACUUGAAAUACGUAAACGCAGAGAGGUAUAACAAUCACUUGGCAGAGAACAACCGAAAGAUGAACUUACUGCGCGUGGGCCGCGCGUUGCCCGCGCGGUGCUUGACCGUGCUUCUUUCGCUAAUCCAAAGCGUCAUGGCGGCGGACUGGUAUGUGCUCUACGCCGGCGACCUUCCGGUGUACAUGUCGUCGGUCUGCCGGCUCAGGUGGCUUCUGAUCACAAACGGGGUCAGCAAAGACAAGGUAUAGAAGAAGAACUUCUGAAUCAUUGCUGGUACUAUCUGUCAUGCAAAACUCGCAAGAAGCACCUGCCUUGUGAUGCGCGGCAAAUGUAGUUGUGCAACUACACAGAGCAACAUCGGAAAAAACAGAUCAUCACUUUCGGAAACAAAAUAAAAAACUACCCGACUUUCGACGGCCUUCCCGCACCGGAUGCAGCCUGCGAGCCAGAUUUCACCGUAAAGGAUGGGGUGUCGGAGAGUUUUUUCUUCAACGCUUUGAAUCAAACGUAUGAUGGUGGGGUAUCGGCCCCGAAGGUUUAUGCAAUGCAAAAGCAUCGUACUAGUAUGAAUUGCAUGACAAUUUUUUUCUGGAAGAAAAAUGAAAUUUGUCAUGCAGAUUCAGUUAAUAAAGCAGAUCUGUAAUGCUAGACUCGCAUUUAUACGAGUGCGAUACUUUUGCAAUGUAUAAGGUUCUAGCGACGACAAAUAGCGACAACGUUUUCAUGUAUCUGGCAGGGGACACCGGAUACGACACAAUAAGGCUAUGCAAUGCAAAAGCAUCGUACUAGUGUAGAUUGCAUUACGAAUUAGCCCAGCAUUACAAAUUGAAUUUGUGACGCUGAUUCACCUUGAGAAAUAGAGUUGUAUUGCAUAAACGCAACUGCUACAAGUACGACACUUUUGCACAGGAUAAAGGCUCGACGGGAGCAAAAACGUCAUGCACGGGUACGUGACUUUUUUAUUGCGAGAGUUUAUUGUCAUGCUGGAGGUUUUCGUUUUGGUUUUCCACAUGAGUUUCUGUUUUGCAGGAAAGUGCAAGAAUACAAGCUGGUGCAUGAUUCUUCUUAUGUUACCCAGUGGUCAAGUAGAAAUAGAAAACAAAAACAACCAAAGGUACGACCUUUUUCAGACGCUGAUGGACUCCGGCACCAAAUUUCGGCAAAUGCGCAUCUUUCUAGACGGCACGCACUUCGGGGACACCUUCAUGAAGUCCGCCAUCAGCAGUGCCACCACCUGGAACAGCAAUGUCGCAAAGUCAAUAAGGAUCACAGCCUCCGUAUUCAAGAAAAAAACUGUGUUAGUGUAACUUUCCUUGGCUGACAGCAUCACAAAUUUGCUCUGCAUGACAGCGAAAACCUGUCAUGCGUCGCUUGUAAGGGAAAACACACAUGACAAGAGGACUGCAUGGCUGUCUGGCAUGACAGGCGCAACUCUGUUGCAUGUUCUGCAUUACAAAGUUACACUUACACAGUUUUUUUCUUGCAUACUCCGGCACCGGGAGCGCGGACGCGACGGGAGCACAGGCCUGUUUUUGCGCGCCACAGACUAGUGUCAGGGACGCAGUGGAGCGGUUCAGGAAUUUGCACCACCUGGCAGAGAGUCGUAUUUGAUAUUUUUUUUCAGGUGUUUCUUCUUGUCAUGCAGAAUGCGGCACGAGAGGGGAUGUUUUUGAUGCAAAAAUGCAUAAUACACUAUCAGAUGACACCGACCCGCACUACUGUCUGUCCACCCGCUUUGGGCUCACUUUCACGUCCACAAACACCGGACCCAUAUUGAGAGGAAAAAUCUCCCCUCCCCAUAUCAAAAUGGAAAUUUGUGAUGCUGAUUUGUGGUCACAAAUCAUCUUUGUCUUGCCUAUAGGGCAAUAGGAGCCAACAUGUGGCGCAUUCCAAAGCCAAUCUGUCAUGCGCUUUCGGCUACUGCGAACCUGUUUUCCAUGCAUAAUUGCUAGCCUUCUGCAUACCCAAACAGGCUCAGAAAUUGCCGCCAAGCACUUUCUGCAAGACAAACCUGAUUUGUGUACUCAAAUCCAGCAUCAGAAACUUCGUUUUGAUAUGGGGUGGGGGGAUAUUUCCUCACAAUAACCCACCUUCGAAAACCACUUCGCCGCCGUGUAUGCAUUGCAAAUAUGUCUGGGUCUGGAAGAUUGAAGGAGUUUGUCAUGCAAAUUUUACAGGACCAUGUUGUCGGUGAUGCAUGCUCUGGCAUUGCAGGUUCCGCGAAGGCUUUCGGCUUUGGCUUUCUCAUGCCGAUUCUGCAUGAGAAAUGGGUCAUCUCCGGGAAGCAAAAAUCUGAGCACCUUUAUUUGCUGCUCAUGCAAUACAGAAUUUUCUCUGCUCGCAAGUUAGCAUGACAAAUUCCAUUCUUUGCAGACUGCCAGACAUAUUUGCAAUGCAUACCGUGAAAAACUCCACAACGUCUGGGGAGUACAUCGCGGCCUCAAGUUAUCCAAGAAAAAAACUAUGUGAGUGUAAAUCUGUGAUGUAGAAAAAGCAAAACUGUUGCACUUGUCAUGCUGGGUCUGCGUCAUAGGCUAUUUUCAUACGUGUUUUCACUGAUACUAGCUGCGCAUGACAGGUUAUUUUCCCUGUAAUGCAAAACGAAUUUGUGAUGCUGCUCUUCCGUACAAAAUUACACUUACACAGUUUCUUUCCUGGAUACAAGUUCGGAGAUGGAAUACGGCAUUUUCCCGGAAAACACGAACGGGGACUACUUUACCUACUGCACGAACAGCACAGCCUAUCGCAGAGGAGAAAAACAGUGUUAGUGUAGGUCUGUGAUGCAGAAAAUGCAACACAGUAUACACUUGUCAUGCCACACGACGACCACGAAGUGGUCCUUUCAUAUGUGUUUCCACGACGUACCAGCCACGCAUAACAGGUUUUCUCUGCUCUCAUGCAAAGCAAAUUUGUGAUGCUGUCACCCCAAGAAUUUUAUACUAACAGCUUUUUUUUCCUGGACACAGCCACGUCCACCGGCGCGGCGGAUUGCAACAACAUGUACACGGCGUUUCCCUUCACCAACGCGGAUAGCAUUUAUGCAUUGCAAAUAUCCCUGGAUGUUUGGAAAGGUGCAAACUUGUGAUGCUCUCUGUCAGUUACAGAAAAAUCUGUCAUGCAUGUUGAGCAGCGAAAGCUGUCCAUGUGGGGUAAGCAUUUUUGCAAAGCUGUUGCAACAAAUUCUGUGAUGCUACGGCCCGCCUUCCAAACCGUCUCGGCCAUGCAAAAGAUGCACGACAAACGUCGGCACUCUUCCAGAGGACCCAGAUAUAUUUGCAGCACUUGAUAGCAUUUACACUUUCCCCAAUUACGCCUCCGGGUGCACGAAACACAACAAUCUCGUCUCCACCGAGCUCCUAUCAAAUGCAAAAAUGUCUGGGUCUGGAAACUUGUGAUGCUAAAAUGUGGAUAAUAGAAACAGUUCCGAAUGCAACCCAGCAUGACAACUUUCCAGAACGCUUUCGCAUCGGCAAUCCGCAUGAGAAGCUGCGACUUUGCAUGUACAAAAGAGGCCGCGACUUUUGUUGGUUAUGCAAUACAGAUUUCCUAGGUAUGGAAAGCUAGCAUUACAAGCUCCAACCUUCCAGGCCGAGACAUAUUUGCAAUGCAUAGCUCCUUGGCAGCUACUACUUUGACAAAGCAUUAAGGAGAAACGACAACGGGGCUUUGAAAGGGGAACUGGGCCUGCGCGUGGACGCAAAAGCGAAGCUGGACAGCUUCAUCACCAGCCACCAGUGCAUAUGCAUUGCAAAUGUGUCUGGGUCCUCUGGAUUUGUAAUGCAAAAUUUGAAAGACAGCGAGGAUUUGUGAUGCAUGAACACGAUUGGGCAGUUUUUUUGUCAUGCUGUGAAACUGAUUUUGUCAUGCGAAACACGGUAGAACUCGCAAUACCAAGCGAAAAACUCGUGAUGCGUAGACGCCGUAGAAGACACCGCUCUGCCAUGCAUGACUCAGCAACAGAAAUUCGUUGCGUCUCUCGAGACCCAGACAUAUUUGCAUUUGAUAGUGCACGCAAGUCGGCUGUCUCGACACGACCGUUUCCCUCACGACGGCCGCAGAAAACGCGUGCUUCAAGGACUUGUUCGCAAUAGUCCAGUCGGGGACGGGGGCGCCAGGUACAUAAGUAAGUACUUAAGUAACUCUGGUGCGCCAGAUGAAGAAAGGAUUUGAAGAUUUGUAUAUGCAUGAAAGAACACGACCGUACAAGAAACGCUUUCUCAACAUGCUUGCUGACAUUCUGAAUAGUUACAACAUGACCAUAAAAAUCCACCGAUCAGGUUACUCCGCCUACACGCUGAAAACGUGGACGCUUCCGUUGGCCAACAUGUGCAAGCAGCAUAGCGCCGCAACACUAAAAACGGAUUUGACGGCUCUACUCACGUCCAGCGGAGGCAACGAGGCGGCGAAGGCGACGAAUAACGCAGACGUGAGUUUCAUUCUAGCCAUCGUGGGCUUUGCGGUGUCGGGGGCGUUGUAUCUGUUCUUCAUGUUUUUCGACACCAGAACGAUGGAGGACACGGAGGAAAUGCAGGUAAGGGUUUUUAGUUGAGGUUUGUCAUGCGAACAACCUAUGCAUCAAAAUCAAAUACAACCAAAAAUCGUCAUCCACGGUUCUCCGGCAUGAGCGUGAGUAAGUAUCUGACCACUUUGAAAACGAAAAUCAUCCCAGGCCAUCAAAGACAAGGAGCAGUCUCGGGCGGCGGGGCGAAAAUUGCUGCAAGAGCACGACCGGGCGCACGGGGCCUCGCCGUUGUAGUACCCCGGAGGAGGAGAGUCGUUUCUCAGGAAGGAAACGAAGGGGCGACGGCGGUGGUGCGGCUUCGGCUUCGUGCUAUUACAAUAGAGAUCAUGAUCGGCUACGACCUUCUAGCACAGUAACAGGAAUAAUUUUUAUGUUUACCUUCUAAGACAUCCUAGACCAGUACAACGUCAGGGACAGAAAAUUCAGACAGACUCAAGUCGAAGAAUUUGUUCCCUACGAUCCUCUGUUGUGUUUCUAAGACUUCUAAAAUUUCGCGAACUUUUGAAUUUAAUUGCACGGCGAGUAGAAAUGUGAUUUGGCGUUGUAGGUAUAACUACUACGUGAUGAAAAAUAGAAUGAAUAUUGGCAAAGUACUACCCGAAUGGCAAUGCUGUCAAACGAAUUGAAACAGAACAAGUACGCAUUUUUUUAAGAGGUCGGAGGACUCCGACCAGAUGACGCAACUGAUAGAAAGCAAGCUUCUUGCGCGCAACC